CAGACACGAGGUCAACCUAUCACAGUGUGGAAAGUAGCGAACGCCUACUGAACCAUAGUAAAUUAUCUCGCUGUUGAGGAUUCUGGUGUUGGAGAGUCCUGCCUGCUCGACGCUCGUCUUUUUUCGCCUGGCUCCUUUCUUCUUCCCUCCCCCGGAGUUCGAUUCGCUCGGCUCCCGGUUUCUCCCUCGGUUGCGGGCGAGAGCGCUGGUAAACAUGGCGUCGGAAGGGAUGAUUUUAACAAACCACGAUCAUCAAAUACGAGUCGGAGUUCUGACGGUGAGCGACAGCUGCUUCAGGAACCUUGCGGAGGACCGCAGCGGAAUCAACCUCAAAGACCUUGUGCACGACCCCUCCCUGCUGGGGGGAACUGUCUCUGCUUACAAAAUCGUCCCUGACGAGAUCGAUGAGAUCAAGGAGACGCUGGUGGACUGGUGCGACGAGAAGGAGCUCAACCUCAUCCUGACCACCGGGGGCACGGGCUUCGCCCCCCGCGAUGUCACGCCCGAGGCCACACGGGAGGUGAUCGAGCGGGAGGCCCCUGGGAUGGCGCUGGCCAUGCUAAUGGGCUCCCUCAACGUCACUCCUCUGGGCAUGCUGUCCAGGCCUGUGUGUGGAAUCAGAGGGAAAACUCUCAUCAUUAACUUACCUGGCAGCAAGAAGGGCUCACAGGAGUGCUUUCAGUUCAUCCUGCCCGCCCUGCCCCACGCCAUCGACCUGCUCCGGGACGCGGUCGUCAAGGUGAAGGAGACGCACGACGAGCUGGAGGACCUGCCCUCGCCGCCUCCGCCCCUCUCCCCGCCCCCCGCCACCGGCCCGCGCAAGCAGACCGAGGACAAGGGCGUCCAGUGCGAGGAGGAGGACGAGGAGAAGAAGGACAGCGGGGUGGCCUCCACCGAGGACAGCGCCUCCUCCCACAUCACCGCCGCCGCCAUCGCCGCCAAGAAGGGGAAGCCGCGCCCCAGCCACGCUGUUGUCAUGGCGAAAAAUGGGCAGUCCAUCCCCGGUCUCAUCCCCUCCUCCUGUCAGUCCACCUGCAGCGCCGGACACCUGCUGAUUCCAGACUCCAUCAUCUCGCGGGGUGUCCAGGUCCUUCCGCGGGACACGGCGUCGCUCAGCACCACGCCCUCCGAGUCGCCCCGUGCCCAGGCCACCUCCCGCCUGUCCACAGCCUCCUGCCCCACCCCCAAAGCCCGGCUCCCCUCCUGCUCAUCCACCUAUAGUGUUUCUGAGGCCUCACGGAGAGAGUUCAGGGCUCACCUGGAUGAGGUCAUCACACUCAAGUCAAGGUACUCUACCUUGGACCAGCUCCACUAUAGGUUGGAGGGGCUUAAAGAUGAUCGCAGGACGAAUAGGACCUUCGACUCGCGAGUGCAGUCGCGGUGCAGCAGCAAAGAGAACAUCUUGAGACCCAGUCACAGCGCGGUGGACAUCACCAAGGUGGCGCGGAGGCACCGCAUGUCACCCUUCCCCCUGACCUCCAUGGACAAGGCCUUCAUCACUGUCCUGGAGAUGACCCCUGUCCUGGGCACUGAGAUCAUCAACUACAGAGGAACAAAGACAGAGAAGAGAAUCGGUGCCAAUGCCUCACUCGUGCACUGGCAUCACACAGACGGGAUGGGUCGAGUUCUGGCUCAGGACGUCUAUGCCAAAGACAACCUGCCCCCCUUCCCUGCCUCUGUUAAGGAUGGGUACGCUGUCAGAGCGGCCGACGGUCCUGGGGAUCGCUUCAUCAUCGGGGAGUCCCAGGCCGGGGAACAGCCGACCCACACGGUGAUGCCCGGACAGGUGAUGCGUGUCACGACCGGCGCCCCCAUCCCCUGCGGAGCCGACGCGGUCGUGCAGGUGGAGGACACCGAGCUCCUGCGCGAGUCGGAGGACGGCACGGAGGAGCUGGAGGUGCGGAUCCUUGUGCAGGCGCGCCCGGGUCAGGACAUCAGGCCCAUCGGACACGACAUCAAGCGCGGCGAGUGCGUCCUGGCCAAGGGCACUCACAUGGGCCCCUCCGAAAUCGGCCUGCUGGCCACGGUAGGCGUGACCGAGGUGGAGGUGCAGAAGUUCCCCGUGGUCGCCGUGAUGUCCACCGGCAAUGAGCUGCUGAACCCGGAGGAUGACCUGCACCCAGGGAAGAUCCGGGACAGCAACCGCUCCACACUGCUGGCCACCAUCCAGGAGCACGGCUACCCCACCAUCAACCUGGGGAUCGUCGGCGACAACCCCGAUGACCUCCUCAACGCCCUGAACGAGGGGAUCAGCCGUGCUGAUGUCAUCAUCACCUCCGGAGGCGUGUCCAUGGGGGAGAAGCAGGACUACCUGAAGCAGGUCCUGGACAUCGACCUCCACGCCCAGAUCCACUUUGGACGGGUCUUCAUGAAACCUGGGCUCCCCACGACCUUCGCGACCUUAGACAUCGAUGGCACUCGGAAACUCAUUUUUGCUCUGCCAGGUAAUUUCAGCUACAAAGACACGGGGGCGACUCUUCUCGAAACCUUCCUUCCGAGCGACUGUGACCUAAGCAAGCAGCCCGUACCGCCUCCCCCUCGCGAAAGUAACCCGGUGUCCGCCGUCGUCACCUGCAACCUCUUCGUCAUCCCCGCCCUGAGGAAGAUGCAGGGGAUCCUGGACCCCCGUCCCACCAUCAUCAAAGCCAGGCUUUCGUGCGACGUGAAGCUGGACCCGCGCCCGGAGUACCACCGCUGCAUCCUCACCUGGCACCACCAGGAGCCGCUGCCGUGGGCACAGAGCACAGGGAACCAGAUGAGCAGUCGGUUGAUGAGCAUGCGCAGUGCCAACGGUCUCCUGAUGCUACCUCCCAAAACAGAGCAAUACGUGGAGCUGCACAAGGGCGAGGUCGUGGACGUCAUGGUCAUCGGCCGACUAUGAUGUCAUCUUAAUGGGAUGGACAGAGAGAUGGACGGAUGGAGGGAGAGAGAGGAGUGGUUUCCGGUGCAUGUCCACAUAUCAUUACUAUUCUGUAAUAUGCAACGGCACAGCUAGUUUUUAUUGAUUUGGAUAAAGUUGAUCAAGUAUAAUCAACAUCUUUAAUUCAAAAAAUAAGUUAAAUGGGGGGGAAAAGAAUUUAAAAGGAUAAUUGUAUUUCAAACAAAGAAAAUAUAAUAACUUUUAAAGUAAAGAAAAUUAAAUAUAAAAUAUAAGAGAUUUAUUCUGUAAUAUACUAUUAUAAUUAUUAUUAUUAUUAUGAUUAUUAUGAUUAUCAUCAUAUUAACGCAACUUUGUUCUGUUUCAUUGCAAUUGCUUUGUGUGUUCAAUGCUGAACCUUAUAGAUAGCUGUAGCAUUUUAAUAGAAAGCUGUAGGUGCCUGCCAGGAAAAAAAAAAAAAAAGAAAGCCUAUUUUCACAUCUGAAAAAUAAAAGAAUAAAAAGAUACUGAAAGAGAGGAAAACUGUGAAGAAAAUAAUGGCAAGAAAAAAAUCCUAUGGUGCUCUGGCAGACGAUGGUGCUUUCUGGUUCCUGCUUCCUUUAGACGCGUUUAGGUGACACCGCUAUAUUUCCCUUAUUAGUAUGCUUCAUAAUCGCUUCACAAUGAGCUUUUGCUUGUCGUUUCUCUCGUGAGUCGUGUUUAUGUGCGCAGUGCCAAAAGAGUGGGCAGGGAGGUCAAAGGCUGCCGGGUCUCUGCCUACAUGCCACACUACCCAGGCCCGGAAGCUUCCGUGUAAGUCACCUGACCCAGUAUGGCUCCGCCUCCUCAAGGGGGUGGUAUGACUGGGGGGAGAAAUCAACAGUCUUUUAUCUGACUAACUUUGAAUGGAAGAAACAGCUCCUUUCUGUGCUGACAGCCUUUUUAACCAACUACACAAAAUGUAUAGAAAAAAAGAAAAAAGAAUGAUAUUGUACAGAUAUAAUUGACCAGCACUCUUGAGGAAAUUACUAAGCAAUGAUGAGAAUAUUUAACAACUCUGUACUAUAACAUUUUCUGUAAUGAUAUUGAAACAAUGGGAAAAAAAGACAUUUAAAUCCUUGAUCAUUAUGUAAAAAAAAGAACAAUAAAAAAUAUUCCUUGUUGGGUUUCUUUUUUAAAUGAAUAUAUGAAAGUGGAAUAAAGUUUUUUCCUUGAACCAAAAAACAACAACAA